CACUGAAGAAAAAAAAACAAUAUUUCACUGCCUUUACUGUUCUAAUUUAAAUAAAAUAUAAGUUUUUUCUUCCGCUGAGUUCUAAAUUAAGCUUGGAUAUCCCCUGCAACUGAGGGUUGAUACCUUUCAAAUUUCUUAUUUACGGAUGGUGAAGAAGAGGAAGAAGAAAGAGAAGAGAAGAGAAGAGAAGAGCAGAGAAGAGAGGAGAGAGCUUUAAAAUCCUAUUUUUAGGGUUUGUCUUCCCAUAGAGGAAAUGUCAACAAAGGCUUAGAAGCAGAGGGAGAGACUUUAAUUUUACCAAGAAAUGAUGACGUUAGGAGAUGUUCACACCGGUAGGUUUGGAGCAAACUCAAGCAGUUCUAGGCCAAGGAAGGUUCGAAUUCAUGGCUACAAGAUACCGGAUCUAAACCUAGAUCCUUGUUUGGAUUGUGACGAAGAAGAAACAAGAGAAGUAGUAGUUGGUAAACAUCAGGAUGCAGAUUAUGUACAAAACGUUCCUCAGCUAGCGUACGAGCUAGAGGUCGAGAUACUCUCGCGCGUCCCGCGUUUCGAGUACUGGAAGCUAAACCUUCUAAGCAAACGCUUUUCGCGUUUACUAAAAAGCGGUAUGAUAUUCAAGGUGAGGAGAGACCGCGGCGUGGUCGAACCAUCUGUCUUUAUGCUGUCCAACGGCGACACGAGGUGGACCAUAUUUGAUAAGGACUUCGAGAAGUUUCAGAAAGUUUCGGAGCUUCCUUCCGACAUGUGCUUCUUCCGUGGGGACAAAGAAUCGCUUUGCGCCGGAACGCAUUUGAUCGUCACUGGGAAAGAGGAGAAGAGCAUUGCCUUGUGGAGGUACGAGGUUGAGACGAGCAAGUGGUUCAAGGGUCCUGCGAUGAUCACGCCAAGGAUCUUGUUCGCUUCGGCUACUUGUGGGACCGUUGUGUUUGUAGCUGGAGGGUUGGACGCGUCUUUAGAAGUCGUGAACAGAGCAGAAAAGUACGAUUCUGAGACUAAAACGUGGAUGCAUCUAAACGCAAUGCACAAGCGGAGGAAAUUCUGUUCUGGCUGUUACUUGCGAGGCAAGUUUUAUGUCAUCGGUGGGAGGGAUGAGAGAGAUCAAAACCUAACUUGCGGAGAACGUUACGAUGAGGGAACAGAUACUUGGGAACUAAUACCAGACAUUCUCAAAGAUAUGUCUUUCUCUUCUGUCCAAUCUCCACCGCUCAUCGCGGUGGUGAAUGAAGAUCUUUACUCUCUGGAAACAUCAUCCAACGAGCUUCGCGUUUAUGAUACAAACGCAAACGUUUGGAAGAAGCUUGGAGAUGUGCCUGUUAGGGCCAAGUCUAAUGGAGGAUGGGGCGUUGCGUUUAAGUCGCUCGGGGACAAGUUGCUUGUGAUUGGAGCAUCGUCGGGACCGUCUAGGACCGAGACGAUGUCGGUUUACACGUGUAGUCCGUCCGCUGAUCCUAAGGAGAAGCUGGUUUGGGAGGAGUCUAAACGCUGCUGUGGUGUUCGGCUCAGCCAUUUUAUUUUAAAUUGUUGUGUGAUGAUUGCUUAAGGGUCUUCUCUAGAGAAAUUAGGGUUACUUUCGGUUUUGUAUGUGUUGAAUAAGAUAAGUUGUGGCGUCCCUAAACGCUGAAACUUUAAUCGCUGUUGUGAAUUGUCUUUCUUGUUCAGCGUUUUGCGUCUUGUGCGUUUUAGUAAACGCCUGUAUUUCUUCGCUUUGUGAUAUAAACUUCAGCAUUUGUAUGUUC